GGGGCACUUCCCGACUGCGACUGCUCUCUCUCUCGAGUCUCCACAGCGGCUGCUUGACUGGAGUCAAGAGUCUCGAGUGCUGCUGACCCGCCGCCUUCUCCGGCCGCUUGCCCGUGCCGCCAUGGACAACAGGGAGACGGCGACGGAGCCUCGCCACCCGCUCCUGCAGGCCGUUCUCGACGGCGACCUGCGCCUCAUCAAAGAGAUGGCAGGCGUCGUCGCGGCGGACGCCGGCGUCCGGGCGCGCGCGCUGAGCGUGGCGGCCAUGGAAGGGCGGCUGGACAUCUGCAUGUGUCUCGUCGAGGAUCACGGCGUCGAUGUCAACCAGCGCACCUUCACAGGUGACACUGCUCUGGCCAUCUCCGCGUCUUAUGGCACGCCCGCUAUCACGAGAUAUCUUCUGGAUCGUGGUGCUGUUCCAACUUUGGUUGGUGCCCUGUGGCCACCUCUUCAUGCUGCUACAAGCAAUGGACAAUGUGAGAUAGUGAAAAUGCUGCUUUCAACUGGAAUUGAUGUUGAUCAUCUCGAUUCUGAGUACGGGACCGCAUUGCAUGCUGCCGCUACUAAUGGUCAAGAUGGCUCAAUGAGUAUUUUGUUGCAGCAUCACGCAGAUCCUAAUAAGGUUUUCCGCCUUCAAAGUACCCCGUUAAGUAUGGCCAUAAUUUCUGAAUCGCUGGAAUGUGUGAAGCUACUCGUUAAGGCUGGCGCUGAUGUGAAUAAAAUUGACUAUACUGGUGUUACUUACUUGAUGGUAGCAGCAACCAAUGGCUUAUCUGAUAUCAUGAAGUGCUUACUGGAUGCUGGGGCUGACCCAGAUGUUGAUGAUGGAUUUGGUACAACUCCAAUCGAAAUUGCCGCCCUCCGAGGCAGAUGGGAUAUGGUUGAGAUGUUAUUUCCUUUAACUUCUCCCAUUUCAACAUUGCCGGAUUGGAGUGUUGAUGGAAUUAUUUCUCAUGUGCAAUCUUUUGGUUUGAAGCCGAGGGAUAUACAUCUAUGUGAAAUGAAAAGAGCUGAACUAAAUUUACAAGCUGCUGAGGCUUUUAAGAGAAAGGAAUAUACGAUAGCAGGAGAGCUAUAUACUUGUGCAAUGAGUUUUCAGCCCAGUUCAGAAGAUCUUGCAACCCUCCUAGCAAAUAGAAGUUUCUGUAUGUUGCACGCGGGAAUAGGAAAAGAUGCUCUCUCCGAUGCGGCUAAGUGCACGGUGCUACGACGUUUUUGGCCCAGAGGUUACUAUCUACUAGGAGCAGCCUUCAUGUUACUAGAGGACUAUGGAAAAGCAGCUCUGACUUUUGCAACUGGCUUGAAACUGGACCCUACCGAUGCCGAUAUUGCAAAUGCUUUAAGGGAAGCCCGAGCGGCGGCGAGGAAUCCUCCUCGCACCGGGGGGCUGGGGCGCCUUAACCCAUUUGGAAUCAGACGCUCCUGGAGAGACUGAGGCUCUGUUUCGUUGCUAUCUCCAGUCCAGGGUAUGCUUGCCUGUUAUCCUCUUUUCCUAUGUCCAGUCCAGGGUAUGCAUGCCCCGUUAUUAUUCUCUGGAAAGAUUGAGACUCUGUUUCGUUGCUGAAGACUCUGUUUAGUGUUGAACCGUCCAAGACUGCCAAUCUCGUAUGCUAUGUUGUAAGACGUCAUGGGGCACUGAUGGUGUCAACAUGGAUAUAUGUACAUUGUGGUUAUAAACCGUCUCCGUGAACCGUUGUGGUUAUAUAUCGUGUUCGUGAACCCCUGUGAAA